AUGUCCUUCCAAGAAAAGGCUCAGGCCCAUAUCUCCCUCAUCGAUAAGGAGCUUUCCAAGUACGAAGUCUUAAAUAACCUGGAGAAGCAGACCUCGAUCCCAAAGACCUAUGCCUUCCUCGGCGCCGUCGCAACCUACUUCUUCUUCAUCUUCUUCAACAUCGGUGGCCAACUCCUUACCAAUGUUGCUGGUUUCGUCAUCCCAGGUUACUAUUCUCUCGAGGCUCUGUUCAGCAUGGGAAAGAGCGAUGAUACCCAAUGGCUCACUUACUGGGUUGUCUUUGCGUUCUUCACCGUCUUUGAGAGCUUGGUAAACGCCGUCUACUGGUUCCCGUUCUACUUCACCUUCAAAUUCAUCUUCGUUCUCUGGCUCGCGCUCCCGGCUACUGGCGGUGCCCAUAUCGUCUUCCGGUCGUUCAUCCAACCCGUCUUUGCCCGCUACUUUUCCGGACCUGGAGCCACUGCAGCCAAUCUUCGCUCGAAGAUUGACGACAAGAGCUUGUAA